AUGUCGGUCAUCUUGAUCGCCAUACCAUGUAACCCUGCGCAAACGUAUCUCGAUGCAAAGGAUUGUACGAAUAGGUGGCCAAAAUGGCUCAGCAUAGGCACCUUCGACAUCCUGACCGAACUCUUCAUCUUCCUCGCAGCAGUCCAUCUAAUCUACUCCCUACAAAUGCGUCUCGUCACCAAACUUGUUGUAAUCUUCGCCUUUAGCGCACGCCUCCCCGUCAUCGCAAUCGCAGGCGUACGCCUCUACUACCUCGACCAGCGCCUGCGCGGAAUCACCUUCACUUUUGAUUAUGUCGUAGCCACGCAAUGGCAAAUGGGCUACGCGAUCAUGUCAUCCACGAUAACGGGUAUGGGCCCCUUUCUCAAGCCUUUCGAUAAGGAGUACGUGUCUAGUACGUAUAAGCACUAUGGACCGGGACAUAGCUCGAGUGGAGGGACGUCAGGGUUGAGGAUGGAAAGUGGGCUCACUACGACUACAAGUUCGGGUUUGCCGCCGAGAAGACAGGGACUCGGUCAUCAUCAUAGGAGGUCUGCAGACAACAUCUCGGAAUCUUAUCUCAUGGAUACGCUGCCCAGUCGGCGGACGAGCAAACAGUCCAUGGGGAACGAAGAUCGCGCCAAUUCUCUUGAGCCGAUGCAGUCGAGUAGUCCGUCCUCUCGGGCGUCUCCGCCUGCGCCAACUGAUAUCUUGAUGACGGCGGACGAGCACUUCCGUCCAGCGCACAUGUACCGCGGACACGAAGCGGAAGUCUGGGUCGGAGAUAGGAGUCUGAGUAUUACGAGGGACGAGAUAGAAGAGGCCGCCGCUCCUAGGGGAAGUUCACCCAAGUCCGGAACCAAGCUGGUGAUUGGAAAGAAGAAGGAAUUCAAGAUCGAGGUUGAUCGCGCUAGUCGUGUUGUCUGA